CGUUGGGCACACGGGAGUACACACGCCGGUGGACGAACAAAAAUGGCGACGGCUAAUAGGAAUCCCGAAAUCAGGACGGAUGCAGUCAACAACCGGUGGGUGAUUAUAUCACCGGCUCGAUCUCGCCGUCCGUCGGACUUCAAAUCUAAAUCCCAAUCCAAAUCCGACUCAAACCCGAGCUCCAACGCCCAACCGCAGUGUCCAUUCUGUGCCGGAAACGAGCACCAAUGCGCACCGGAGAUCUUCCGAGUACCUGAAGAUUCCACUUCCGAUUGGAAGGUUCGAGUGAUCGAAAACUUAUACCCUGCUCUCAGCAGGCAUCCUGAAGUCAAAUCAGACCACGAGGAAUACUGUCAGGCCAACGGCACCGCCGGUGAAGUGACUUUAGGUGGAUUCGGAUUUCAUGACGUUAUUAUUGAGUCGCCGGUUCACUCGGUUCACUUGUCGGAUUUGUCGCCAGAGGGAGUUGCAGUUGUUUUGCUUGCUUAUAAGAAGAGGAUCGAACAGCUUUGUGCUGUUGAUUCAAUCAGUUAUGUUCAGGUGUUCAAAAACCAUGGUGCCUCAGCUGGCGCUUCCAUGAGUCAUUCACACAGUCAAAUUCUAGCUCUUCCAGUUGUUCCCCCCACUGCCUCAACUCGUCUCGACAGUAUGAAAGAAUACCAUAAUCAAACAGGAAGGUGUAGUCUUUGCGAUAUUCACACAGACAAAUUUUUAAUCGAUGAAUCCACCCAUUUCAUUUCCAUUGCCCCAUUCGCCUCAACUUUCCCUUUCGAGAUUUGGAUUGUUCCUCGCCAUCAUUCUUCUCACUAUCAUGAACUUGAUGAAGAUAAGGCUAUCGAUCUUGGAGGAUUACUGAAACUUACACUUCUAAAGUUGUCCUUACAGUUGAAUGAUCCACCCUAUAAUUUUAUGAUUCAUACUUCUCCUCUUCAGAUGACUUCCUCUCAGUUACCUUACACUCAUUGGUAUAUACAAAUCGUGCCACAGUUAUCUACGAUUGGUGGUUUUGAGAUGGGAACCGGGUGUUACAUAAACCCUGUUUUCCCCGAGGAUGCUGCAAAAAUUCUUAGGGAGGUAGAGGUUCCGAAAAAGGACUGAGCUCAUUAUAGAUUCGUAGGGAGAUGUAACGUAGAGAAUCCGGUCAUGGAACAAUACUAGUUACAUGCUAUUGAAGUAUGUUUGUUCAUAACAUUGUAACAUUCUAUUUGCUUUCAUAAUGUGCUAAUCUUUGUUCA